CCCCCUUGGAUUCUGAGCUGAUCCAGCUCAUCACCAUCCCCUUCCCUGAUCAGAUUCAAUCCCCACCUCUAUUAAUUGCUCUUAAUCUGUUUCAUUUCGCUGCCAUCAACCCAAACCCCCCACCCGCUCUCUCUCUCUCUCUCUCUCGACCUUUCAUGAAAUCUCUUGGGCCUUCCUUUGUCUUUCUCCUCUCCUCUGUUUCAGGAAAAUUAGCAUAAAAAACAGCACCAAAAGAAAAGAAGAAAGGAAGGAGGAGCAGAAAAAGAAGCUUGUGGGAUAUAGAGGAGGGAGGAGGAGGAGGAAAGUGUCAUUGAUUUGCGUAAAGGUGGGAUCUUUGAGGAGGAGGAGGAGACAUGGGGAACGUGACGUCGUCGGUGGCGGCACGAUUCGCGUUCUUCCCACCGGAGCCGGCGACGUACGAGGUGUUCCGGGAGGGGGGAGGAGAAGGGCCGCUGUGCCUGUCGAGGCUGCCGCCGGGGAAGAACGUGGAGGUGCACCUGGUGGAGACCAAGGCCGGGAACCGGGUGGUGGCCACCUUCUGGCGCCACCCCUUCGCCCGCUUCACCCUCCUCUACUCCCACGGCAACGCUGCCGACCUCGGCCAGAUGCUCGACCUCUUCCACGAGCUCCGUUCCCACCUCCGCGUCAACAUCAUGAGUUAUGAUUACUCAGGUUAUGGAGCAUCUACAGGAAAGCCAUCUGAGUUCAACACAUACUAUGACAUAGAAGCAGUCUACGAUUGCUUGAUGAAAGAGUAUGAGAUAAAACAGGAGGAUCUCAUUUUGUACGGUCAGUCUGUUGGUAGUGGACCGACAUUGCACCUGGCUGCACGUUUACAGAAACUGGGAGGUGUAGUCCUCCAUAGUGCAAUCCUCUCAGGCAUACGAGUCUUGUAUCCUGUGAAAGUGACAUUGUGGUUUGAUAUUUUUAAGAACAUUGACAAAAUUCGACAAGUAAACUGCCCAGUUCUUGUUAUACAUGGAACCUCCGAUGAGAUUGUUGACUGGACUCAUGGAAAACGCCUGUGGGAGCUAUCGAAAGAAAAGUACGAUCCAUUGUGGAUCAAGGGAGGCGGCCACUGCAACCUAGAGACAUUUCCCCAAUUUAUCAAGCACCUGCGAAAAUUUAUCAAUGCGAUGGAGAAGCUCACUCUUGUGAAACAGAUAACACAGAGUAGUCUGUCGAUAUCAGCCGUCACAGAAGUAAAAUAUAACAAGUGUUUGAGACUUGGCAAAAGAUAGCUGUUCUAACAACUCUUAAAGUUCCCCAUUCAGCUCGGCUGCAAUGAGUCUCUUGGGUCAAACAGUUCAAGAUUAACAACAUCGAGAUCACGAAUUGAUCCAUCGAUAAGUAGGCGAUCAUGAAUUUAAUUAUUCUUAUGAUUUGCCAGAUUGAUGGCUUAUGCAGACACUCACCACCUCGAAAGCAGAAGAUAUGGCUUUGUUUCUUAGAUCAUGCACUUCAUGUUCUCUUUUUCUCCUCAGAGGAACAGACUAUGUUCUCUUUCAAUUCUGUAAGUAGUACUUGUAUCUGUUUAUCAACAUUGGAAAAUGAAGCUAACUGAUGGAAGACA